AUGUCUCAAAAAAAUAUUAUUAUUUGUUUUUUAGUUAUCUUUGUUUUCGCAGUUAAUUAUAGUGAUGCAAUAGAUGUCAAAGUUGGAGAUGGUUAUUAUCCGUUUGAUCCCAUAUCCGUUGAUACACAUUAUGAUGAGCCUGUAGUAUUUAUAAGAACAGGCACUAAGACGUUUGCACUCGAUGAAUAUGAUGAUUGUACAAAAUCCGAAAGACCUGAUUCUUGUAAGUAAUUCAUGCAGUAUUAACAAAUGAACAACCGAAAGCUAUAUUUAUGCCUAA